UUCUCUGAACCAUGCUUCACUCUCCACUGACUGCUCCCAGCCGGACACACACACAGAGAAGACCCUCAUUCUGACUCCUGGACCCUCAGCGUGACCUGCCGCUCCAUCCGGCUCGGGCUGUCGCCGAGUGAGAGUGUGAGGGUCACCAUGGCAACCGAGCCUCGGGGCAACCCACAAUGGUUUGGCCCCAGUGAUCACCUGAUGUCUAUGUUUAGGACCUGCUCCAGAGAUCCAGCCGAGGCUGUCCAAGCAAGACUGAGGCGCAUGCUGCACAUGUUUCUGCUCCAGCAGGGGGACCGUUCAGAGCUGGCAGCGAGGUGCUGCCACCAGGCAGAGUUCUGGUAUUACAGGAUCCUGGAGAACCUGGUCAGGCAGGAGAGGAGAAGACUGGGCGUCAGUGACUUGUCUGGCAUCUUUGAGGCGGAUCUUGUGCAGUGCUGCCUGGUGGCCUGUUGUCUGCAGAUUUCCAUUUGCUCAAACCGUCUACCAUGUGAUCCGCCCCAGCUCCUUCAGAUCCUACAGAUGAAGCCGCACCACUUCUGGAGGGUGAUCGAGCUGGUGCUGCGGGCGGAAGCAGGGCUGCCUCAUGCUGUCGUCAGACACCUCUCCCAGGUGGAGGAGAACAUUCUGGAGAGCUUGACCUGGACCAGGAACUCACCGCUGUGGGAAGAAAUCCAAGCCAACGGGGGCCAGCUGCUUACCUUCCAACAGGUGAUGCAUCCUGCACAGCUUGAAGACCCAAAGAGAACAGAGCUACAGCCUGACACAAAACCAGCAGCUGUGACCAGGCCUCCGAGGAGCAGCCCCCUCCAUCUGUUUGCUCGUAAGGUGUACACUUUGAUGAGCAGGCGUCUGAGGGAACUGUGUUCCAUCCUGGACGUUUCUGACGAGCUGCGGCUGAAGAUCUGGACCUGCUUCGAGUACUCUCUGGUCCACUGCUCCCACCUCAUGGUCGACGGUCACCUGGACCAAUCGCUCAUGUGUGCUAUCUACAUCAUAGCUAAGAUAACCAAGGUGGAGAUACCCUUCAAACACAUAAUGAGGUGCUACAAGUCGCAGCCAAACGCCAAGAAAAGUGUCUGUAGCCAUGUGCUGAUUUCAGGACGUAACAUGGACAACCCUCCAAACACCAAAGGAAAACAAGAGGAUUAUGACAUAAUGGUGACUCCUAACACGCCAUCGACACAUUAUCCAGGAGCCUCUCAGGAGUGGAGGGGCAAUCUUAUCGACUUUUACAACCAGGUCUACAGGACCAACAUGCAGCACUUUGCCGAGCAGUUUGCGCCGACCUCUGGGGGUGACACUCCUCCUCUGUCUCCAUAUCCUCACCCGUGGAAAGCAUCUCCUCGCAGACACCAGGUGCUCAGCAGCCCCUCCGUCUACAUCUCACCAUACAACCCUGAGACCCCCUCCCAUCGUGCAACCGGCCUGUGCUACUACUUCAACGCUAGUCCCCCCAAGUGUCUGCAGGAGAUCAACAACAUGAUCAAGACGGGCAGGUCCCCCACCAGGCGGCGCUAUCCGGUGACGCCUGGGGAGGAGGAGGAGGAAGGAGAUCAGAGCCCUUUGGCAAAAAGGCUCCGUUUGGAUGGUCAGUCGGCCUGGCAGAGGAGACUGAGGGGCGUGGUGAACGCUCGUGUCGCAAACCUGCACUAGAGGGAAGAGGAGCACAGCGCCACGCUCUCUGAAACUGUAACUACGAUGUCAGGUGUCUGAGGGAAAGCACAGAGCAAAUACUGUCUUCCGAUCUGUUAAGAAAACCAAUGUGCCAAGCUUGUCAGCUCAUAGAGUUGGUUUCUCUGCACUAUUUUUUUGAUACCAAUAUUGCUGUCUAUUGUUGCUUUCAGACAUGCACUCAACUCCAGAUAAUCUCCUGAAAUAAUCCGGAGGGUCCGUAUGUGAGAACGCAAAUGUCCAAGUGUGAGGCUCCAGACUUUCUCUGCAAGUUCUCCUACUAGGCCACUAGUAAAAACUCAGGAGAAUGUACGAGUGAGCCCAUGUGAGGAAAAAAUAGCAGGAGAUCCUCUGGAGCAGUGGUUCCCAAACUUUUAACAGUCCCGAACUCUUUCAGACAUUCAAUCUCCAGCUACGUACCCCCCCGUUUUUUUUCAUGUUUGUAAUCGCCGCCGCCAGCGCCCCGCGCACAUAUACAGCCUAUAACACUUCCUUGUUUCGCGUGGGAAUUGUAGUUCCUUCUGCCGUGAAGCCAACUCUCUUUGCCGCAUCUGGAAACUUCACCUCCCACGAUGCCGCGCGGCUCUUCUUAAACCGCUAGCUGCUGCACGCCCACGCUAAAUCAACCCGUCUCCUGUAAUCCUCUGUGCACGCAGCUCGGCCCUCUGCGGGAUUGACACUUUGUGCACAUUCCCAGCGUACCCCCUGAACCACUUUGCGUACCCCAGUUUGGGAACCGAUGCUCUGGAGUAUUCUUCGUUGUGAGUGAGUUGCAGCGUUGAUGAUAUUUCUAAAACGUGCUUGAUCCAAAAUCUGCCAAGAAACAAGGAUAAUGCAAAAAUCUCAGGAUCAAGGGUUGCCAAACACGUAGAAGACACUGAUGAAGGUGUCGAGGUACUUUUGGUGAUAAGAGCCAACACUGAUGUGGAUGUGCUGUAAACAAACACACAUGAUCUCCUGCCUCUGUUCCAACCCCAUUGAGCAGCGGACAUUCCCCGGAGUUCAUGUCUGAAAACUACUUAAGUGUCCUUGACCAAUGCCCUUAACGUGCUGUCAUUGGCCAGUGGAGGAAGAUGGUACAGAUCAGCUCACUUUGUGUUGUGUGAGCUUGCAGAUCAAGCAGCAGUUAGUGUGGGACAAGCUUGUCUGCCUCGCUUGUGUGAGCAGUGUCUGUGUCCUGCUUGAAUAUUAAAGGAAGACUACAUGUUCAGUUUGACUAAAAUCAUUAUUUCUGAAAAUAUAGUUUUUAAGUAUAUAUCAUUCCUCGAACUGUCACCUUAAGUCAACUACUUAACUUAGCUAGUUAGCUAGGUGUGUUUAAAGUCUAGUUACCUAGUUAAGUCUACUAUACAUAUACCAUGUAUAUCUACAUAUACCAGUCAACCCAUCACCCAAUCACAGUCUCAGAUUCUUUGACCCACCCUCUCCAUUCAUUCUCGUUUCCAUCAUCGUUCUUCCCUUCAUCCCUCUUCCAUCUACCUACCGCCUCUCAUCAUCCUCCUUCCCUCAUCAUUUCAUCCUCCUUCAUUCAUCCCCUUCAUCCUCCUUCUCUCAUUCCUUCAUCCUCCUUCCCUCACCACUUCCCUAAUCUCUUCAUACCCACAUCCGUUCAUCCAUACCCUCAAACCUCUAUCUACCUCCCCUCAUCCCUUCUUCCUCUCUCCCUCACCCCAGUCACCAGUGCACCCUCCCACACCAGCCAAUCAGACAACUCUUCACCUCCAUCCCUUCACUCAACAUCCCCAAAUUUCUCCUCAACAUCCAACAUAUCAAAUUUCCAUUUAAACAUUUUAAUCACAUAUUGUUGGGGCGUGGUCCUCGACAGUGAAACUUAAGUUAAGUAAUGGAAAAGUGAUUAUAUAAACACAUUUAUUUGAGAAGAUGUCUUGUCUUAUUCUGUAAGAAUUAUGAAGUAUUUUAUCAAAUUAAAAUAAAUGUACAAACGUUUCCAACAAA